UUUGUCAUAUACUGUACAUAUUAGUGACCUAUUGUCUAUAAAAUAGUUGCAAUUUUACGACGGUCCCUAACUACCUCUCUAGUGACAGGCUCGUUGGACAGACAUUCAGUUCUUUGCGCUCUAAACUGCGUCGUCAUCUUUGGUGAUUUUGAGUUAACUAAAACUGUGAAACAUCUGUCUAAAUAAGCUCUCCAACAUACCCUGAAACUGGGGGAAAUCGAAGUAUUGACAUGGAGCUAUUGAAGAACCAGAGUUUUGCAUAACUUCACCAAGAACCACUGCUGCUAUACAGGAAUAAUCCAAUGAGGCCGAAACAUCCAAUGAGGCCUGAGGUGUACUACUGAUGAUGUGUCCCUUGGAUCACCCAUCAAGGGGGAUGCUCACUUGAAAACUUUACUGUCAAAUACACUGCCAAGGGAGUGGCCAAUUUUCCUUUCAUAAGCAGAGUUGGAAUAAAUAGUUGCUUUGGACCAGACUGCAAAGAUCUGAUUUUUGAAAGCACGGAACCCAACACUCGGCCACGAUGAUUUAUCUUUCAGGGCUUGUUGGCUUUCUGUUGGUGCUAACAGCUGAGGCCAGAGUUGGAAACUCAUCUCAGUUGCAGUUCUGUACUGAGACAGAACAGUGCCUGCUGUUUGAUCGGAUUUGUGAGACUGACAAAUAUGAGGUCCGUCACUAUGACUCCGUGAAAUGGGUUUCAACUGACGAGACAUCCCUAUUCAUGGAUAUUGCAGUAAUGAGAGCAUUCAAACGACUGUUUAACUACAUCACUGGUGCCAACGAGAAUGGAAAGAAAAUUAAAAUGACAGCUCCUGUUCUUAUUAAAAUUUCCGAGGACAAGUCAUUUUGGCAAACGGGUACCUACACAAUGAGUUUCUUGCUGCCAUCUGAAGAUCAGACAAAUCCCCCCAAACCUAAUGAUAAUAAGGUGUACAUCCACCGGAUGGCAGAGAUGAAGGUGUAUGUACGGGGCUAUGGAGGAUGGAUGACGAGCAUGUCUGACAAAAUCAAAGCGAGCAGUCUGUCCUCCGACCUUGACUUAGUCGGUGCAGAGUACAACAAAGGCUUCCACUAUGCUGUUGGAUAUAACAGUCCAAUGACCAUAUUUAACAGGCGCAAUGAGGUGUGGUAUGUCGUUGGGGAUGACCCGGUGUGUCCCAGCAGCGAGGAAUUGGACUCUUGAAUAUUAUGAGCCCUGUGCGAUGACAGCUUACAGCAGACAUUGUAUAUGAAGAGAUGAUGUCUCUGGAAAUUGCUUCAAGUCAUAGUGUGUCAAAUAAAUAACCUGCCAGCAAGAACACAGAAUUUAAAAAUGCUGAUACAUUAGAAUUAAUUGUGUACACCAUGUAGCACUUGUGAAGAUGGUUUUACAUUUGCUAGUUAGGUUGCUUUCUGCUUUAUUCAAUAAACUUCCCCUUUUGCAGUGA